UCCACUUCCUGCUUCGAAGCCGGUUCGGCCGCUUACCUGGGCCGGAGAGGGUGGAGCGGGGCCGGCGCGACCGGAGGUGGAGCAGAGCGACGGGCAGCGGUGCCCGGCCGGCCGUCUGCCCGCGGUGGUUCUAAGAAACUAGAAUGAGCCGAAGCAUUCCUGUGGAGGUCGAUGAAUCAGAGCCGUACCCGAGUCAGUUACUGAGAUCAAUCCCAGAGUUUUUCCUGGAAGAGGAACCAGAACCACCUGCUCCAAACAUAAGGAACACGGCACCGGACAGCCUGUCUGCACCCCGAGCCCCUCACUAUCCCCCAGGACACUUUUCUCAGGCUCCUGCACCCCUGAAACUUCCAGGCUGCCAGCAGCCUGUGUCCCAGCAGGUCGCCUGCCUGUGCACUGAACUGCUGGAGGAGAACGGAGACAGCUUCUGGCAGAGACACCUGGACCCCGGCAGAGGCUUUCCCCCAGGCUCCUCUGCAGCCAGCGCGCCAGGGCCCCAGCGUGUGCUGGGGGCCCUCAUCCCAGAGCAGCGGUUUCCACUGAUGGGACAGCAUCAGCGAUGGCUGGGAUCUCGGCUCUCAGGGGCUUCUUCCGACACUGGCCGUGGCUCAGGCAAGCCAGACCAAAGUUUACCUGAUGCCUCGGUGGGCUCUGCGGCCAGUGGCCAGGAGACCGUGCCCCAGCCCCAGCCCUGUGGGCCCCGAGCCGCCCCAGACCUGCCUACGAUAGACACGGGGUAUGAUUCCCAGCCCCAGGAUGUCCUGGGGCUCAGGCAGCUGGAGAGGCCGCUGCCCCUCACCUCCGUGUGUUACCUCCAGGACCUGCCCAGGCCGCUCAGGUCCAGGGAGUUCCAUCAGCUCGAACCUCAGAGGAACCCUGCGUGCGCCCCAGUGCUGCCUGCACACCCUUUCCCACACGCUCCGUGGAACCGUCCUCUCCACUGUCCCGGAGGACCCUAUCUCCAGGCGCCAUAUGGCCGUGGCUACCCGCAAGCGGCCUACCAGCAAGCCAUCCAGCCAGCUCUGCCUGGGCCACCCCUGCCUGGAGCCAGUGUGAGAGGCCAGCACCCUGUGCAAAAGGUCAUGGUGAACUGUCCCAGCCUCUGGGCCCAAGAAGAGAGGCCUGGACAAAGAGACCACCCCUCCCCAGGGCUCCCACGGCACCAGGACCAGCUGUAUAACCAGCCUCCUGACGAGUGCCCGGAGCGCCCUGCAGAGUCGGGACCACAGGGUGCCCAGGCGCCACCCGCAGCUGCUGUCCCCAGACCCCCCAGUAACCCUGCGGCCAGGGGAACUCUGAGAACAAGCAGUCUUCCAGAAGAACUGCGGAAAGUCUUUAUCACUUAUUCUAUGGACACAGCCAUGGAGGUGGUGAAAUUUGUGAAGUUCCUGUUGGUAAAUGGCUUCCAAACUGCAAUUGACAUAUUUGAGGACAGAGUCCGAGGCAUUGAUAUCAUUAAGUGGAUGGAGCGGUACCUCAGAGAUAAGACGGUGAUGAUAAUCGUGGCGAUCAGCCCCAAAUACAAACGGGACGUGGAAGGUGCCGAGUCACAGCCAGACGAGGAUGAGCACGGCUUACACACGAAGUACAUUCAUCGGAUGUGCCUCGUGAAGAUCAGAUGAAAUACACUGCCAAGUGUGUGGCCCACAGGGGACGCUCCAUCCAGGGCAGGGACUGUUCUUAGCUCACGGCAACAAGGCCCAGCGCACCUGAGCUCUGGGGCCCGGUCACCCUGGGACAGAGGGAGAAAUGUACAGGGAGCUGGAGGCGCAGCCUCUGGGAGAGCUCUGGAGACGUCGCCCCUUGGACCUGGGGGGAGAGCUAGUGGUCACCCGCUUCCCCGACUGUGGAGAUGGUGGGGACACGGUUUGCUUGAUGGGGACAUGACUAGACUUGUGACUUUCAGACUCUCUAUGUGGCCCCCAGUGGGCGGCUCUGGGCCUCCCACCCCCCUCAGCCAGAGCUGGUCUGCCUCUCUCAGGCUGUUACCAAGGAUCCUGAGAUUUAAAAAGGCUUGAGAACCACUGGCCUGGACCCUGUAAGCUCCAUUUCAGCUCUGGCUCUGCACUAGCUGGGAGGUGCCUGAAUGGGGCAUAAGCGACGAACCAGGAAGACGGGCGGGGGCAGAGGAACUGGGCAGCUGAGGGCCGAGAGCUUCACCUCGGGGGUGACUUAAGUCCAGGUCUGUCCUGUGGGUCAGGAGCUCAGAGAAAAGGCAGAGGGGGUGGGGGCCGUGUUCCCCUGCGGGUCCUCAGUGUCUCUGUCCCCCUUCUACCAAGUGCCACCAUUUAUUUGGGCUUGGAACCAACCCAAAGUAAAAGCUGAGGCAAACGGGGGCCCAGGGGUAAGGCCGAGAGUCCGGAGAAGGUUCCCCCCCCAUUUCCAUUCUCUCCCAUUGGUGGGCCCAGGAAAGGCACCGUUUCUGCCCUGAAAGGUCCUGGUGGCUCCGGGUGCCGCCAUCCCUGUCUGGCGGCUGCGUGUCCGCAUGGCCCCAGGCACUCCAUGUCCUGUCUGCAUGUCUCAGAAGCUGCCAGUCCUGGGAGCUGCCAGCCAGUGCAUGGGAAGGGCCAGGUCCCUGCCAGCUCCUGAGGACAGCUGUCAGGCACUAGCGCACAGCCUGACCUCAGGGCUUGUCUGACUGUGCCCAGCUGUGACCCAGGGUGUCUCCAGAUUCAGCUACUUGGGGCAGUGAUGUCUGGGUCCUUCCCUAUCCCUGAAGAGGUGGAGGCGGCCAGACACAGAUGUGCCUUCCUGCACACCUGGCUAACUUCCUGGUCCCCUCCUGGCAGCAGAGAACUCCAGGACAGAGGGAGUGAAGAGGUGCCUGUGAAUAACUGCAUCUUAGAGCCGAUGAUGUCACAAAAAGCCAGUACCUGGAAAUAUGGGAGGAAAUUAGAAUGCACCACUGCCAGCUGGCCCCUCAGCAGACUGGGGAGCCUAGUGGAUGAGCAAAACGGCAGUAUGCGCCGUCCUGGAGUCAGGCCGCAGUCCCGCUCCACACUCUGACGCCCGCCCUGUGCCCUUUGUGCAGGCGUCUGCCCCCGGGUGGUGGGUCUGUUAGGAGCAUUGCACUCGGCUCGUCUUCUGGUUUGUGGUUCUGAGAAGUCAGCUCGUGCAGGAUUGGUGUGUGUGCACGUGUGGGUGUGUAAAAGGUUGUUCAGGAGGGGUUUCCAAUGUAGUCGUCACCCUGGCCACCCCCUUCUCUGCUGCACGAUGGAGACAUCUGUUACAAAAUGCAGCGGUAGAUGAAACGGUUGGGAACACGUAAUUCCUCAUCUCCUUGUCAUCAGAGGACUGAGAGCUUUGUGCUGGUCACAGGAUUUGGAAGACUCUAACUCCCCUCAUCUCGAACAUUCUGGUUUUGAUAGAGUUCUUGGCACCUAACCUUUUUGGGCUGCCGCAGCUCAGAGUAAACUGGAACUGGUGUGGGGAGCCUAAAGCUUGGUGGGCAGUGCUCGCUCCCUCCCAUCUGGCUGCAGCCACCAUGCCUCUGAGCUGGUCCCAGCCCCAGCAAUGCUCAGGCCCCCAGGCAUUGGUGAUCAUGUCCUCCCCUCCGCCAAUUCCCCAGCCGAGCAAACUUCUGUUUGCAGCAUCCAAGCGGCACCUCCCCUGUAACUGUCCUUUGAACGCUGCUGCAUGAUGCACGGUCCCCAGGUGGGCUUCCACAGCAAUGCGUUCAUGGUCUUCACAGCGCACCGCGUUAGCAGUUCACCUCUCUGCUGUCUGAGUAAUCUGCUGGCUUUGGGAAGAUAGGAAUCAUAUCAGUGGUGUUAUGGCAAACUGGUUCUCAAAAAAAAAUUCUGAUUUGUAGCAUUUGCCCACCCCCAUAGCAGGGAUGCUCCCACCAGGGCCAAUUUCGAGGUACCAAUGUGAAGCCACUGAGCACAGGGUUGUGCAGAGACACACACAACUGGCCUUUGUGAGCUGGGUGGAGCCGGCGCAGCAUACCCCAAAGGUGUCCCAACUCUUGAAACCCAAUCUAGCGCAGAGCGUGACUUUUAAGGGGCCUUCAGUGAAUGACUGUGGAGCGAGUAGAUGGCAUAGAUGUGUAAUGCAGAGAGCUUAAACUUGUAAACGUGGGGCACUCGGGUAAGGAGAUCGGAACUAAAGACCAGGCAGGCUUCGUGGGCAGGGCUGCACUCCCUCCUAGUUGCAGCUGAAAUCAAACCUCCAGGUUCAUUCUG